GCUCUUAGCUGUCAAAGCCGUAAUGGUGGUUAGGAAAAGUGAAUUAUCUUAAAAUAAAAAAAGUGAAAAUGUUUCCAAAAAAGAUUUAAAUAACAUUAUAAGAUAUUAAAGUGCUCAGAACAAUUCGAAAUUGCAUAUUUCUGUCAUAAUUUGGAAAUAAAUAUGAUGGAGAGAAUUGUGGCUUCAUCAAAAUGGUGGGUGUUUGUUUUUUGGUUAACAUAAUAGUUUUGAUAAAUUUAUGUUUGGCUAAACCAAGAGACUGCCCAAAGAUAUGCUCAUGUUUGGGAGCAUAUGUAGAUUGUUCCUCAAAGAAAUUUGAAACUAAUUCCCUCCGUAUACCAAAAUGGGCAACACAUUUGAAUUUGCAAAACAGUUCAAUAAAGAAAUUAACAGAUGUCAAUUGGAAACGUCUCUCGGCGUUAACAGAACUUACUUUAAACAAGAAUGCCAUUUCUUCCAUCCCAAAAGAUGUAUUUCAGUAUCAAAGUCAGUUGAGGAUACUGGAAUUAAAUCGUAAUAAUAUACAAGUGAUUGAAGCUUUAAAUUUUAAAACUCUUGAACAUCUAAGCACAUUGAAGUUAAAACGAAACCUUAUAAGAGAGCUUAAAGAUGGUUCAUUUUAUGGUCUCAAAGAAAUUGACAAAUUGUUAUUGGAUUUCAAUUCUUUAAAAAUAAUAUCAAAAACCUGGUUAUACGGUUUAGAGGCUUUAAAAGAGCUUUCUAUCAGUCACAACUUUAUUGAGAAAAUUGAACAGGAUUCAUGGGAAUUUUGCAAAACGCUGGUGUUACUGGAUCUGUCUUUUAACAAUCUGACGUCUAUUGAAUCUGAUACGUUUAAAAAUCUUGACCAUCUCCAGAAACUUUCUCUAAAUAAUAAUAAUAUCUCAGUUAUCAAUGAAAAAACUUUUUUUCAUCUACCAAAACUAAAGUUUAUAAAUUUAAGUAAUAACAAAAUUGGUUGGACUGUCGAGGAUGCCUUUGGGGUCUUUCAAGGUCUUAAUUCCUUAAUGAAGUUUCAUCUUGCUGGCAAUCAGAUUAAGUCCAUAAAUGCAGAUGCUUUUGUAGGACUAAAAAAUGUUACUUAUCUCAAUUUAUCUAACAAUAAUAUUACCUCAAUUCAAAAUAAUGCUUUUGCCGAACUACCAAUGUUAAAGGAGCUGGUAAUAAAUACUACUAGCCUGUUAUGUGACUGUAAUUUGAAGUGGUUUUUGGACUGGCUUCUUCUCAAGCAACUAAAAGUACAAGCUCUCUACUGUUCUUAUCCAGCUUGGCUUAGAGGUCAAUCAUUACUUGAAGUAACAAGUAACUUCACUUGCAAUGAAUUGCCAAAACCUCGAUUAAUUGAAGAACCUGAUGUAGCAAUAAUGGCAUUAAAAGGCGAAAAUAUAACCCUAAACUGUAAAGCGAUGUCCAGUUCUUCAGAUCCAAUGAAAUUCACAUGGCGUAAAGACAAUGCUGAACUUAUGAAUCCCAACAAUGAGGUGAAAUCCAGAAUUUAUUCUGACGGAAAAUCAACAGAAACGACAUCCAAACUGCAUUUAAUAAAUAUUGACAAUUACCAUGCUGGAAAGUACCAGUGUUUGGUAGCCAAUAGUUUUGGUGUCACGUAUUCCCAAAAGUCAACUAUAUCUGUACUUGUGUACCCUGCUUUCAAGAAAGUGCCGAAAAAUGUAACUGUACGUGCCGGAGAAACUGUUAAAUGGGAAUGUGGUGCCACUGGUGAACCAUUUCCAGAAAUAGCAUGGCAUAAAGAUGGAACUGACUUUCCAGCUGCUAGGGAACGAAGAGUAAAUGUUAUGCCCUCAGAUGAUGCAAUUUUUAUAGUAAACACUAAGCCAGUUGAUAUGGGUAUGUAUAGCUGCACAGCACAUAAUUCUGCUGGCAUGAUAUACGCAAAUGCUACUCUUAUUGUUGAAGAAAAACCAUCAUUUAUUAAAAAAAUGAUGGAUAAAGAAGUUUAUGUCGGUGAGCAUGUUGUACUACAGUGUCUUGCAAAAGGAUUGCCCAAGCCAACAAUAACAUGGUUGAAAGAUGGUGAUUUAAUUAUACCAACAGAACGGCACUUUUUUAUUCAUGAUAAUCAAAUGGUUAUUAUUGUCGAUUCUGUUCAAUCAGAUUCAGGAAAUUACGAAUGCCAUCUAAAUAAUUCAAUAGGACAAGAAAGCGGAAGGUGUAGAAUUGUUGUCAAAUCAAACAACACUGAUACAAGCAACCUAAUGGGAAUUAUAGUAAUUUCGGUAGUAUGUUGCGCAGUUUUGACAUCUAUAAUUUGGGUAGUAAUUAUCUACCAAACCAGACGCAAAAUUACCAAUCCGGUCAUACAGACCGAAAUGGAGGAACUUCCGGAGUUAGGUGACAGUAGCCACAUGCAUCAACUACAACUGCAACGAAGUUCAGAUAACAUUUCGGACCAAUCUUCGUGUAAAGACAGCGGCACGGGAGAUUCUGCUAAACGUAGUAACGAUAAUUUAGCCCAAGAAGAGCUUACCUUUGUUACUAAUAACCCUGAUGCUGCUAACACUAGCUCAGAAGCGAAUAAUUUGCAAGCGCCAUUAUUGCACUACCCUACAAACCAUAACCGGAUUUUAACGCCGGAAUCCAGUUUGCCUGUUGUAAAGGCUUUAGAUAGUUAAGGUAAUACUAAUACUUGGGCCAGUAUUUGAACGUACAAUUAUUUUAAAAGUAUUAAUAUUAACCCGCAGAAAAUAUAUAUACGUACUUUAUUCUGCAGCAUAAGUUGUUUAAGUUAGGUAUUUUAUUAAAUAUUUUAUUUAUCUACUAGUUGUUUUAUCAAUUUUUGUGUUCGCUUGUUAUGUUCUUUCCCAUAGAUUAUCUAAUAUUUCUUUUGAAUGAUUCUGCUUAUUGUCUUCUUUAUAUGUACAUCUAGAGAUGUAACUGACCUUUCGUAACAGCAAAUGGAUUUAUUAGUUAAGAAUGCUCUUUGAGCAUUGAGUGAAUGUGUAAAGACGUCUCGUCUAUUGUCGUUUAAUAGUAGAGCGUGU